AUGGCGUAUGCGGAAGUUGUGGCCUGGGGGAGUGCGGGCGUGACGGCCGCGCGGGACACGGAUUUGGGGCUGCGGGGAACGGGCCGAAGGGGAAGCAGCGGCGGGCUGGGGCUGACGUCGCUGGUUGUGUUUCAAGAUCGCUUUUCGCCAAUUAUCUUUUUCUCGAUCCACCUACAUCAAGUAUCGCCGAACCACUUCGUCUCCACGCAACUUAACUUCAUCCUCCCUAUAAGCUCGCCCGGUUCCCCCGACGGCCGGCCGACCUUCACGUGCCUGCCGACCGACACGGAAUCGGAUCCGGAUUCGUUCCACUGCGCCGGAUCGUCGCUCGCGCUGCGCCACCUGCUCGCGUCGCGCGCGGCGGGAAUCGAGGACGGAUGGCUGCCGUAUCUGGACGCCUUCGUCUCGUUUGCCUCCUGCUCUCUCUCCCGACAGGUAUGCCUCUCCCCUCCCCUUUUACCGCCUGGUUUCUUGAUGGCACCCCCUCGCGCAUCCUCCUCCCCUCUUUCCUUCCCCGUGCCUUCUUUCCCCCCACCCCACCCCCCCAACAUCCCCCCCACUUCCCCCGGCCCAACCCAUCUCCUCACCCUCCCCCGUUUCCCCGAUUUCCCAAAUCCUGUGUUGUGCUCCCACCCUUCGUUUCUCUUGCCAUGCCUUCGCUCCCGCUUUAAAGACGCCCGUUGUCUUGUCUGCACCCCCGCAUCCCCCUCCCUCCCCCCUCCCCCCCUCCUCUCCCUCCUCGCUCUUCGUCCCCUGCCGUCCAGUAUCCCCUUGCUUUUCACUAUCCUUGGUUCCUCGAACACCUCUCCUUCUUUAUUGUUCUCUCUUCAUCUCGCCCCGCGUUUUACGCUACCAUCUAAUGCAUCACUUCCCCUCCCUCUUCCCCACCAUAUCCGCUUCUCCUCCCUCCUGUCUCCCCCCUCCCUCUCCCGCCUCUCUGUCCCUUGUUCCCUCAUCCCUUGUGACGUCCGUAUUCCCACCUUGCGUCGCGUCUCCCCUCAUCUCUUCCCUCCUCGCCCUUCCCCUCCUCGCCUCUCCCCCGCUUCUCCCCACCUCGCCUCUCCCCCUCGCGUCUCCUCUCCUCGCCUCUUCCCACCACGCGUCCUUCUCGCCCCUUCUCCCACCUUGUCCCUUCUUGCCUCUUCCCGCCUUGUGUGCUGCAGCAACCCCGACCUGCACCGAGUGCCGGCGCUACUACAGGACGUGCUUCACAUACACGCGGCGCUGAGCCACGGCGGCACACGUGGAACGCGCGUGUGGGUGCAACCGCAGUUUGCUGCUCCUGCUGCUGAUGGUGAUGCUGAUGCUGCUGCUGCUGAUGCUGCUGCUGCUGCUGCUGCUGCUGCUGCUGCUGCUGCUGCUGCUGCUGCUGCUGCUGCUGCUGCUGCUGCUGCUGCUGCUGCUGCUGCUGCUGCUGACUUAGCUGCAGCUGAGGAUGGUGAUGGGGAUUUAGGCAGCAAAGACGAUUACAGUGGCGAUGAAAAUGGGAAUGAAAAUGGGGAUGGGGAUGCUGACUCUGAUACUGAUGCUGAUGCUGACGCUGAUACUUAUGGGGUUGCUAAUGCUGAGGCCGAUCGUGGUAAUGAUGCUUCUACGAUUUCUCCUGGCCCUCCUGCUGAUGCUCGUGAUGCUGCUGCUGCUGCUGCUGCUGCUGCUGCUGCUGCUGCUGCUGCUGCUGCUGUAGAUGCUUUUGAUUGCAGUGCUGCUACUGCUGGUACACCCAUGGAGACUGACUGUGCGGCAACUCGCACCCAUGCCUCUGCCCACACCCCAGUACAAGACGCUAACACCACCGCCGCCACUGCUUCUCCUGCUCCUUCUGCUGCCACCAACACCACCACUGCAGCUGUUGCUCCUGCUGCGAUGGUGGCAGCAGCUGGACCUGCUUUAGCUGGUGGCAUCACCAGCAGCAGCAAUGGAAGCAUGGAGAUGGAUGCGGUUCCUGCUGCCCUGCACAAAGACACUCAAGCAGCCCCACACGAAGACACUCAAGCAGAAGUACAAGGGAAGACCUUGGAGGAACGACAGGAGGAAAUACCAGAGAUGGUACCAGCGGAAGGAGCAGAGGAUAUGGGGAUAUCAGAGGUUGGGGAUUUGAAGGAUUUGAAAGUGGGGAAUAGGAUGAGGUGCGAGAGGGCGUAUGAGGCGCAGCAGGAGUUGACGUUGCAUGGAGAUAUGCGGAUGGAGGUGCAGGAGGUGGUACACGUGGAGAUGCACGAGGAGGUUCGGGAAGAGGCUCGGGAGAACGUCAUGUCACUGGAAACGGAAAGAAAGGAGAGAGGGGAAGGAGGAAGGGAGGGAGGAGAGGGGUCGGGGAGGGGAGGGGAGAGCAGAGGGGAGGUUAUGAGAAGGCGAGUGAAGGCGAGGACUCCUGGUGGGUCGUUGUUCCGUGGGGUGAGCAGCGUUUUAGACGGAGAUCUGUGGCUGAGGCCUCAUAAGGAGGGAGAGGAGGGGGAGGUGGGGGAAGAGGUGGGUGGGGAGGAAGAGGAGGGGGAGGAGGGGGAGGAGGAGGGGAGGAGGGGGAAAGGGGAGGGGAUGGAUGUGGAAGCUGCGUUGGCUAGUGUGGAAGCUUCUUUGAGAGAAGGAGGGGUAGCAGGAGGAUUGGGAGGGGGCGAGAAGGGUGGGGAUGGUGGGGGGAAGGAGACACAGGGAGGCAGCAGAAUGAGGAGCGUCGAUGAGAGAUAUGCUGAUGAGAGGAGUGCAGCAGUGGGACAGCUGGUUCUAACCCCACGAGUUGCACCACCAACAGUACUACCAUCGCCAUCAGCACUAACAGCAGCACCAGGAACAGCAGCAGCAGCAGCAGCAGCAGCAGCAGCAGCGUCGACAGCUGCGCUAACUGUGCACGGAAUGGGAGGAGAAGAGCACGGCUCUGGUCUGCUCUCCCCUAUGGCCCUCCUCUCUCCCUCCUCCUUCCUUCUCUCCCCUUCCUUCGCCACCCACUAUCCCCUCUCCCCCUUGCACUUUCUAGGGGGGUGUCGACCGGGCAACGGCUCGACUCUUAACGGUUCAGAUGGUUUCGGUGCGGUAACUACAAACGAGGGAGCUUCUAAUGAGGACGGCCGUCCUGGUUAUUCUUAUGGUGCAUCGCCUUAUAGGGAGAACAGCGGCCGUAAGAGAAGCAAUGGCGACUCAAACGCUGAUGGGUUUCUGUCUUCGGGCGUUGAUAGCAGCGGCAGGAUGAACAAUACUGAUGAUGUUACACCGGCUCUUCCUUCGGCUGCUGCUCCUGCUGCUCCGCCCGCUCCUCUUCCUCCCACCCCUACUCCUGCCGCUCCUCCCACCGCUACUGCAGCAUCGUGCAUCUCCCAUACUGCACUGUUCAACGCCUCGCAACCAUUCCCCCGUCCGCUCACCCAAUUCCCCACCACUUUCCCUCACUCCCCCUCACUUUCCGCCCCCAUCCCAUCUCAACUCAUGUUCUCUAGACCAAGACCAUUCGUCUUCCCUCCAACCACUCCUGCUGCUGUUGCUGCUGCGCUUACCCAUUCCUCCUCAUCCACCCGUCUCUCCUCCGCUUCUCUCCCGUCCCCCCCUCAUUCAACCGAUAACGUUCGCCCUUAUUCUGCCUUCUCUGUUCCCUCCUUCUCUCCUUCCACCUUCCUUUCCUCCUCAUAUCCCCCCUCUUCCUUCCAUCCCCCCUCCUUCCAUUCCUCCUCCCUUCCUCCUUCCCCCUUCCCAUCCGCUCUCUCCCCCUCCACUUUCUCCUCCUCCCCAUUCUCCCCCUCUCCUUUCUCUUCUUCCUCUCUCUCUGCCUCACACGCUUCUCUCCUUCCCCCCUCCACCUCUCGUUUCCGCCCUAACUUCUUUUCCAAUUCCGGUCCACCUAGUCCCAGCACCCGUAUGGAUACUCCUCUCCUUCCUCCUCCUCCUCGUAGUCAACCUAUCUCUGCUGCUAAUGUAGCAGCAGCAACAGCUUCAGCUUCAGCAGCAGCAGCAGCAGCAGCAGCAGCAGCAGCUUCUGAUGGCCCUUUCACAGUAUUUGAUUCUCUCAAUUCUGCUGCUUUUCCUCCUCCUGCUGCUGCUCCUCCUGCUCCUCCUGCUGCUGCUGCUGCCGCUGCUGCCGCUGAUGGUGAUGCUAGCGCUUCAGCUGCUGCCACCAUUGCCAUGGCUGCUAAUCUACCUGCCUCAACUGCUGCUUCUACUGCCCCUGCUGCCGCAGCUGCCUCAGCUGCUGCUGCUGCUGCUGCUGCUGCUGCUGCUGCUACUGCUGCUGCUGAAGGCCGGCUCGAUUCGGCUGCCGAUGUGUCAGUGCAUGGAAGCUUUCUCUACACCCUCACCCAGGGAUUGCAACAGGAGAACCCAAUGCCUUCCUUUGGGGUAUCGCCACAGGACGUGAGGCAGUUAAACCCCAUGGAGCAGAGCCUGAAUGACAUGUUCGCUGCUGCAGGAGGGGUGGCGGGAAGCUUGGGAGGGAAGGAGGAGGGUGAAAAAGGAGGAGGAGGAGGGGAUGUUGGUGGUGGUGGUGGUGGUGGUGGUUUUGCAGCAGGAGCGGGAGGAGCAGCACGUGGUGCACAGGUGAAUAGUCUUCAGUCCAGGAUCAAAGGAGAGGUUCUCUCACCUUCAGCUGCUGCAGCAGCAGGAGGAGCAGCAGCAGGAGGAGCAGCAGGAGCUGCAGGAGUGACGGGGGCGGGUGAGGUGAAGCAAGGCCUUGUGCAGUGGCCUGGAGGGCAAGGUGGGAAUGCAGCUCUUGGGGACCUGAAGCAGCAGCACACACAGUUUCCCGCGUUGGGUCAAGUGGGUCAAUUUGAGGGCCAAUUCAAGGGUCAGUUCGAGGGUCAGUUUGAGGGUCAAUCCCAGGGUCAAGUGAACGCGGGGAGCCUUCAGGUGGGGAAGAAGGCGGAGGGGUUGGAGACGGUGGAGACUGGUGCAAUCAACGAGGAGAUGGGCAGUGCUGCUGGGGUUGGGAGCGGCGGUGGGAACGAGGCGGCGGGAGGGAGCGCUGCGAGUGAUGGGGUGCUGAGGCGGUCGCUACGGUCGCCGUCAGAGCGGUUGAAUGAGAUGCAGUUGGAUGAGCUCUCGCAGUAUUUCCGCAUGAGCAUCCAGAACGCAGCGCGUGUGCUGGGGGUGGGGCUGACAGUGCUCAAGAAGCGAUGCCGUGAGCUCGGCAUACAGAGGUGGCCGCACCGCAAGCUCAAGUCACUCGACAACCUUAUAGAGAACAUGAAGGAGAUUCACGGCCCCAUGGCAGCAGAGACGGUGGAGCAGCUGGAGGCAAAGAAGGAGCUUCUGGGGAAGGAUCCCAAGCAAGGGCUGGACCCGCGCAUCAAGACGCUGAGGCAGGUCUGCUUCAAGGCCAGCUACAAGCGGCGCAAGGCACACACUGGGUCGUCUUUGAAGGCUCUUCAGGGGGAGAUGUUAGCCGGGGAGAUGAAGGAGAGGGAUGGGGGAGGGGUGGUGGUGGGUGGGGGGGAAGGGGUAAAGGGUGGUGGGGAGGGACGGGUGGGGGAGGGAAUGAUGGAGGGCGGAGGAGAGUGCGGGAUGGAGAUGUGA